AUGCCUGAAGAAACACGAGACAACUUACCUCAUGAAUUUAUACCGGCAGCAUUUUUACCAAUGUGUGGAGGCUGGAGUCAGAAUUCGACCCUUCUGCAAGGAAUUCCUCGACAACUUUCCCAGUUUGCUGAAAUCAUCAUCUUUACAGCCAGCAGUGCCUCCUAUGCUGAUGUUGUGCUGGACUACCUUGACCCAGAAAAGAAACUCAUCUCGCAUCGGCUCUAUAGGCAGCAUUGCACCUUGGAAAAGGGAUAUUUCCUAAAGGAUUUGCGAGUGGUCAAUAGGAGGCUGGAAGACUCAGUCUUAGUGGAUAACUCUCCCUACUGCCACAUAUUGCAGCCUGAGAACGCCAUCCCUAUCGUUCCUUUUUACCACUUCGCCAAGGACAGAGAGCUGGAAACUUUGUUGGAGUUUUUGAAGAGCGUCACUGCUGCAGCUGAUACGAGGACUGUCAUUGCGCAGACAUACUUCUGGGAUAGAUAUAUCAAAGAGCCUGGAGAUCCCCGCAAACUCUUCUUCAAGUAUUACCAAAAGGAAAAGGAUCCAAAGGAAUGA